GCGUCUCUUCACGCCUCUAGCUGUGAACAGGUGCUGCUGGGGAUGGGCCCUGACGGCCACACCGCCUCCCUCUUCCCGGCGCAUGCGGUGCUCUGCGAGACGGGGCGCGCGGUCACGUACGUGGACGACUCGCCAAAGCCGCCGGCCUGUCGCGUGACGCUCACUCUGCCCGCCAUCAACGCCGCGCGGCUCGCCCUCUUCGUGGUCACGGGCGGGAGCAAGGCGAGUGCCGUGCGC